AUGUUUACCUUUUGCCCUCUUCAGGGCGCCCUUUCCGACUCAACAGCGUCGCAAUCGAUUCUGGAGCUCGAUGGAGGCGUUAAGAUUCUCAUAGAUCUUGGCUGGGACGAGUCGUUUGAUGUCGAAAAGCUUCGGGAGCUUGAAAAACAGGUUCCGACCUUGUCCAUCAUCCUUCUGACACACGCCACGACAUCGCAUUUGGCUGCAUUUGCCCAUUGCUGCAAGAACUUCCCCUUGUUCACGAGAAUCCCCGUAUACGCUACCCGACCUGUCAUUGAUCUAGGUCGCACCUUGACCCAAGACCUCUACGCAUCCACUCCUCUAGCCGCGACAAAGAUACCCCACGGCUCCCUGACCGAGGCCGCAUACUCCUUCUCUCAGCAACCAACGGCCGACAGCGACUUUCUUCUGCAAGCACCAACCCCCGAGGAGAUUACUCGAUACUUUUCCCUAAUCCAGCCUCUCAAGUACUCGCAACCCCACGAACCCCUUCCGUCUCCCUUCUCGCCGCCGCUCAAUGGCCUCAUGAUCACGGCCUACAAUGCAGGCCACACUCUCGGAGGAACGAUAUGGCAUAUUCAGCAUGGUCUGGAGUCAAUUGUCUACGCUGUAGAUUGGAAUCAGGCGAAGGAGAAUGUCUUCGCUGGAGCUGCCUGGCUGGGUGGCGCUGGAGGUGGUGGUGCCGAAGUCAUCGAACAGCUGCGCAAGCCGACGGCCUUGGUGUGCAGUAGUAGAGGUGCAGAAAAGGUUGCCCAAGCCGGAGGCCGUGCAAAACGCGAUGAGCAGCUCGUCGACAUGAUCAAAUCCUGCGUCAGCCGGGGAGGGACGGCACUCAUCCCAGUGGACUCAAGCGCACGUGUCUUGGAGAUUGCAUAUAUGCUAGAACAAGCAUGGAGAGUAGACUCACAAACGGACGGCGGCAGCCUCAAAGCAGCGAAACUCUAUCUCGCUGGACGGAACAUGUCGAGUACUCUACGAUAUGCACGAAGCAUGUUGGAGUGGAUGGACGACAAUAUCGUUAGGGAGUUCGAAUCAGUUGCUGAUGGGCAACGGCGUACCAAUGGCACCGAAGGAAAGAGCAAGGAAGGCGUUCCAUUUGACUUCAAAUACCUGAAGCUUGUUGAACGCCGGGCACAAAUCGAGAAGCUCCUCUCGGGCUCCGCGGAUAAUGUUCAAGCAGAAGGAAGGGUUAUUCUUGCAAGCGACGAUACUCUGGAAUGGGGUUUCUCUAAAGACUUGAUCCAGGGUCUUGCGAAAGAUUCCAGGAAUUUGGUCAUCCUCACAGAUAAGCCAGCCAAAUCACAGACUGAAAGACCAUCAAUAGCCAGAACCCUUUGGGACUGGUGGACUGAACGAAGAGAUGGCGCUUCGGUGGAGGAGUCGAGCAAUGGUAACAGCCUUGAGCUUGUCUAUGGUGGCGGUAGGGAGCUGGAGAUCCAGGAGGCCAAGAGGCAAGCAUUGGAGGGAGAAGAACUCAAUGUGUACCAGCAGUGGCUCGCGACUCAACGCCAGCUUCAAGCUACGCUGCAAAGUGGCGGCGGGGCUUCCCUGCAAGCACCCGCAGAUGCUGCCGACGAUGUCUCAUCCGAAUCCUCAUCAGACUCUGGCGAAUCCGAUAACGAGCAACAGGGCAAGGCCCUCAACAUCUCAACAACCAUGGGCCAGGCAACACGUAAGAAGGUUGUUCUUACAGACGAGGACCUCGGCAUCAAUAUUUUGACAAAAAAGCGCGGUGCUUACGACUUCGAUGUGAGAGGCAAGAAGGGUCGCGAACGAUCGUUCCCUCUCGUCAUGCGAAGGAGACGAGACGACCAAUUCGGAGACGUGAUCCGCCCCGAAGAUUACUUGCGUGCCGAGGAGAAGGAAGAAGAUACACCGGACAACGACGGUCUGAGGAGAGAUGACGAUGACGACCGACUUGGAAAGAAGCGCAAGUGGGAUGACGGCAAUAACAAAGCAGCAAACAAGCGCCAAAAUAACAGGGCAGGGUCUGUGGAUGACUUGGACGCCAAUGGACCAGGUGACCAUGUCGCUGACGAGUUUGACGACGUGGAGGACGUUGUUGAGGAGGAGAUACAGGGUCCUUCCAAGUUGAUCGUCUCGACAGAGAAGGUCAUGGUCAACUUGCGAAUCGCCUUCAUUGAUUUCAGUGGACUGCACGACAAGAGGAGUUUGAACAUGUUGAUUCCAUUGAUCCAGCCAAGAAAACUCAUCUUAGUUGGCGGCACUGCGGACGAGACAACAGCCCUCGCAGUAGACUGCAAGAAACUGCUGGCCGCCCAGAUUGGUGCGUCCGAGGAGAGCGCGAUCGAUGUCUACACGCCAGCGAUGGGUGCCUGGGUAGACGCAAGUGUCGACACCAACGCAUGGGUGGUCAAACUUGCAGACAGCUUGGUUAAGAAGCUCAAGUGGCAAAACGUUCGCGGCUUGGGCGUCGUGACUGUCACAGGCCAGCUCAUCGCCGAGGCAUUGGCCAAGGAAAAGCUCAUCGAGAAAGACGACGGGGCCAACAAGAGGCAGAAGACAGAGGCUGAAGACGCUGAAGCCGUUGAGGAAGUCAAGAAGGAGGAAGACGGGGAAGACGAGACUACCGAGAUCGAAGUAGUACCCACGCUGGACCUACUGCCUUCAAACAUGGCUUCUGCGGUGCGUUCGGUCGCACAGCCGCUACACGUGGGUGACUUGAGGCUCACGGAUCUGCGGCGGGCGAUGCAGUCGACGGGAUACACGGCCGAGUUCCGUGGCGAGGGUACGUUGGUGAUCAACGGCGCGGUGGCGGUACGGAAGACGAGCACAGGCAAGGUUGAGGUGGAGAGCGUGGGUAUUGCGGAUGCGGCGACCAUGAUGCAGCACCGUAGCACGUUCUAUGAGGUGAAGAGGAUGAUUUAUGAUGGUUUGGCCGUGGUGGCUGGAGCAUAG